AGCCCUAGGGCUCAGCGUAGUCUUCUUAGUCCAAAGAACCAGGGCUUGCAGGGUCGCCCUGUGUGGAUGACCGAUGCCUAGUGCAGGUUGCGCUAUUUUGGGAAGCUUUCAAAGAUGCUUCUUCUGAAAGCAGCGUUUUGCCCUCCCCCUCGUGCUGAAGCUCAAGAAGGGUCCAGGUUUGCGUUGCUGCCGCAACAAACCGAAGAUGAGCUGGCAAUUUCCGAGGUUCAUUCCAAGCUUGACAGAGCACUCAAGUUUCUGCAGCAUGAUGUAGGGUAUUCACUUCUGGAUGAUGCUCUACCUCAAUCAGGAGGUGGCGUAAGGCUUGCACACGACAUCGAUGUCGUCGUAGCACUUGGUGCCAUUCCAGCACCACGUGGCCAUCGAUCCUGCAAAGUGCCGAAGGAGAGACCAAUUGAGAAUGGUGACGAGGCUGAUGACAUCCUCUCUUGCAAGCCUGAGAUUGGCAAGUACGCACAUUACAAGGAUGACAUUGUCCUUGUUUGGAGGUUUGCUGGAUUAAUCAACGGCUUCACAGCGGAGCUUGGAGAGAAACUCCUCGAGAAUCCAAACGCGAAGCACGACACUCUCUACAAAAAGGUCCUACAGGGCAUCCGCCUCAUGCAUCUUUGCGAUUAUCACUAUGCGGAUGUGGUUCUGACAUUGGCAUAUGCAAGUGUUUACUUUCGCAGCGCCUUCACUUCAAUUGGGCAAAAGAUGAGUGACUAUGAGGCAGCCCAUGUUUGCGUUCUGCUGAUCUACUUGGCGCACAGCUUUCUCUUGGAUGAAACCUGCCCGUUGAGGGUGUGGCAGCAACAUAUCUUCAAGAAGUAUUGCAACCUCAAAGUGUUGGAUGCGGCUCUUUAUCGCAUUUUCAAAAUGCGUGGCUUCAGAUUGCGGGUCACUGAAGCAGAGGAGAAGGAAGCCCUGAGUGUUCUUCUUUUGCGAACCAAUGGACUUCCGGAUGCCAACACUUUGCGAAGGUCAAAGGCUGGCAGCUCCUCCAGUGAGUCUAAAUGCCUCGAGAAGCAGGAUGCUAGUCCACCAGACAUCAUCAAUCUGUGAGAGCUUUCACCUCUCAAGGCAGAGCCUCAUGACCGACCUAUUCAGCAAAGCCAUCGGAUUCUUUUUACCGUGUCUCUUGACGUAGGCUCUUCAAGCCAUGAGCCGCAAUCCUAAGUUUCACGGAAUGUCAGAUGGUGGGUUAGUGCCAACUCUGAGAGCUUGGCAAUUUACG